AUGGCGUCCAAAUCUCUUUCCAUAUUUGUGCAUAGAUUUCUUCUUCCCUUCCUGUUUGGCUUAUCAGUGGGUAUCAUCAUCACUUCAUACCGCUUCAACACCUUCUCAUUCCCCUCCAUUUUUUCCGUCGUCUCCACUUCCUCACUCUCAUCAUCACCACCCACAAACUCCUCCGAUCCUCCUCCUCCUCCGCCCUUGGAGCCGCACAACAUGACGGAUGACGAGCUGCUACGGUUAGCCGCCGCCCUAUCGUCGUCAUCAGCGGCAAAAACAUUUAAGGAUGUUGCAAAGGUGGCGUUUAUGUUCUUGACCCCAGGACCCCUUCCGCUUGCACCUUUCUGGGAGAAGUUCUUCCAGGGCCAUCAACAUCUUUUCUCCAUAUAUAUCCACGCACACCCUUCUUAUAAUCAUUCUUUCCCAGAAACCUCUGUCUUCUUCGGUAGAAGAAUCCCCAGCCAGGCUGUGUCUUGGGGAAGUAUAUCGAUGAUCGACGCAGAAAGAAGACUCCUAGCAAACGCCCUACUCGAUCUCUCCAACCAGAGAUUCGUGCUGCUCUCCGAUUCAUGCAUUCCUCUCUUCAACUUCACCACAACCUACAACUAUCUCAUGGCCUCAACCCUAAGCUUCCUGCAAUCCUACGACGAUCCUAGCAAAGCCGCCCGCGGCCGCUACAACCCCCGCAUGGCCCCCACCAUCACCGUCCAGCAGUGGCGGAAAGGCUCCCAGUGGUUCGAGAUCCGCCGCGACCUCGCCGCGAAAAUCGUGUCCGACCAGAUAUAUUACCCCGUCUUCCGCGACCAUUGCAUUCCGCACAUGUGUUACAGCGACGAGCAUUACUUGCCGACGUUGGUGAACAUUCUGUGGCCGGACGCGACCUCGAAUCGCAGCGUCACCUGGGUUGACUGGUCUCUCGGCGGGCCGCAUCCGAGGGGAUUGGGAUGGAUUGAUGUAAACCUGGAUGUGUUGGAUAACAUUCGAUUUGGAGGAGAGGAGUGUGUGUAUAACGGGAAUAACACAAGAAUUUGUUUCCUGUUUGCUAGGAAAUUCUUGCCCAAUACCUCCGGGGCAUUGUUGCGCCUUGCUCCAAAACUCCAAAUCUAA